UGUAAAAUCAAAAAAGGAUGAAAACAAAGUUAUUAGAUUUACUAUACAAAUGUUUUGUACAAAAUAUAUUUUUUAAAUGAUUUUGUAGUAAAUUUUAAAUCGCAAUCAUGUUUUGCCCCCACAAGAACUCGUAUCUGCAGCUCGUGUGCGCGGUGAACCCUCGUGUUAUAAAUAAGGCUGUUGAUAGGGCGAUGGAGAAGAAGCACUUUGAUCCACACACAGAAAUCCCAGCAGCGCAAAGGCUAGAGUCAAUGCAACCGUCUCUAUACGCGCCCUGCGUGGACAUAACUCGGGCUCGCCUGGGCUUCGGCCGCAUAGGCUUGCGUCUUAUAAACAGAGACCUUCACUCGCCCGACCAGCUGGUGCAGUUGCAGGCUUUACACAGUAUAUGGGAUCAGGUACAAAUAUCAGAGAAUGCAAUAUUCCUGAUCAACCUUCACGUAGGCUAUCGUCUCGUAGAUUUAAUGCUGGCAUCUGAUCCCGUAAUACGUGAAAAAGUGUGCCUCAUACUCAGCACACUAGCUUCUUACCAUCAAGGGAGGGAACAAAUCACCUCGAGGAUUAAAAUUAUUGAAAACCUCAUGCGACUUAUUCUGAGAGAUCGAAGGGAAAUAAGAUAUGCAGCUGCUUAUACUUUAAGGACAUUAUCUAGAGAUCGAUGCUCCAGCGAAAUGUUGCUAAAAUGCGAAGGAAUUGUUGAGAACCUGCUGAAAUCAGUCAUACACGAAUACGCUGGUAUAGUGCUUCUACAUCUAAAAACUUUGGAGAACUUAAUAGAAUGGGACCCUGAGGGACCACUAAAAGCGAACGCUUUCCAAGUAAUGUUGGAGUUAUUUUCAAAUGGGGACCCGAGAAUUGUCUGUGGUGCAAUGGACUGUAUGACGCAAUUGUGUAAACAUCCUGUAGGAAAACAAUUGGCUGAUAUUUACGACCUAACGUUUGUAUUGAGACCUUACUUAGUAUCCCCAUCAAUAGAAAUAAGGAUCAGUGCGGUCGGAUUGAUGGAGUAUACCACGUUGACGACUCGGUCUAAAUGGCGCGCUAAAGAAUGCUGCGAAGAACUGACCAAGCGUUUAGUCUCAUUAUGUCAUGUCCCGAACAAACCUCCGCUUCAGUUGAGAUGUAUGCAGGUUCUGAUCAACCUCUGCGACUGUCCGGAUAUAAGAUACCACAUGAAACGGUUCUGGGAGAGAAAGGUUAAAGCUAUAAAAAUUCGGAAUCAUGAAGAAUGGGAUGGGACGACAGAAACGACCAGCUAUGGCCUUGAAACAGGGCACAAUUAUAGAACUAUGUGCAUUGAAGGUGUCGAGACUAUUAAAAAUGAUUAUGGGGAUAAUGCUGAAGUUAUCAACGUGCAUAGUUACUUGAGACACAUUCAUGAUGUCAAAGCAGGUUUACUUUAUGCCAUAAAUUGGAAAUCUUACAUAGAUUAA